GCCGGGCGGGCGGCCGGGGGGCGCUAUUCCCACGUGGCGGCCGUGCUGCAGGACAACGUGCUGUUGGUGGCCGGGGGGUUCAGCGGGGCCCCCCCGCGGGGACCUCGUGGCCUACAAGGUGGCCACCUUCGUCUUCCAGGUGCCCGCCCAGAACUACCACCUGGAUUACUGCUCCAUGUACUCCGAGAGCAGCACCUGUGGGAAGGACCCCGAAUGCUCCUGGUGCCUGGAUGCCUGCCAGAGCCCCGCGCCCCACAGCAACUGUCCUAGCACCGGCUGCCUGGGCCUGGCCCGGCUCCUGGUGGACUGCGAGUCCUGCCUGGCAUUUGGGGGGGCCGGGCCCCCCCUGCCCCGCGCGCCGGGGCCCUUCGGGUGGUGUGUGCAGAACGAGACCUGCAUGCCUGUCGCUG